UCCCAUCAAAAAAUCUGAGCGCCCUUAAGCGGUGGAAAUUCGUUUCUUUCCUCCUUUGUUCUUUGUUUUUACCUUCCUCUCUCGUCCUCCUCCUCUUCAGUUUCCUCUGCAAAUCCCUUCAUCUUCAACUUAUCUCGCUUCUCAUCUUUUCUUCCUCCAACAAGGAUCGUCUGCUCCAUCUUCAUUCUUCCAGGCUUAGGGUCAGAUUUAUUUUAUGGCAUUUGAAUGCCAGAAAUCUGCCGGGUUUUGUAAGGAUUCAAGCGUUAUUGGAAAAAAUUCUUGUGAGAAACCAACUGCGGGAUCAAGUUUUGUUAACCUCAAAGGCAAAUCAGAGGGAAUUGAAUCUGACAAAUCGGAGAAUAUUACCUCCCUCAAUUCCAAACACUUGGUCUCUAUAAAUGCUCCUGUUGGUUGUCGGUCAAUUACCGACCUUCCUCCUGCAAUUAUAUCUGUGAUUUUGAAUUGCCUUGAUCCAAAGGAGCUGGGCAUUGUAUCUUGUGUCUCAACUAUUCUUCAUAGCAUAGCAUCUGAACAUCAUGUAUGGAAGGAAUUCUACAGCGAGAGAUGGGGACUUCCAGUUCCAGCUUUAUCAGCACCCGUCGCUGCUACUGGACUUUCCGAUGAGAAGUCAUGGAGAGAUCUUUUUGUGGAGAGAGAGUUUAGAAGUAAAACUUUUAUGGGACGAUACACUAUGGAGGUUUUGCAUGGUCAUACAGAAGCAGUUCGUACAGUGUUUGUCCUGGCUUCUGCAAAAUUGAUAUUUACUUCUGGAUAUGAUUCAAUUGUGAGAAUCUGGGACUUGGAAGAAGGAUUGUCUAUUGCCUCAUCGCGAUCGCUUGGUUGCACCAUUCGAGCUCUUGCAGCUGAUACAAAGCUAUUGGUUGCUGGAGGCACCGAUGGCUUCAUCCAUUGUUGGAAGGCAAUAGAGGGGCUUUCAUACUUGUUUGAUGUGAAAGGCCCUCUAAAUCACAAUACUGAGUUCCGGCUUUGGGAACAUGAAGGACCCAUAACUUCACUUGCUCUGGAUCUAACAAGGAUUUAUAGUGGUUCAUGGGACAUGACCGUUCGAGUUUGGGAUCGAUUUUCACAUCAAUGCUUAAGUAUCUUGAGGCAUGGUGACUGGGUUUGGGGACUAGUCCCUCACGAUACUACUGUUGCCAGUACAUCAGGCUCAGAUGUAUAUGUCUGGGAUACUAAUAGUGGAGAAUUGGCUACUGUCAUUCAUGAUGCUCAUGUUGGCUAUGCUUAUGCCCUUGCACGAAGUCGUACCGGGGAUUUUCUAUUUACUGGAGGGGAAGAUGGUGCAAUUCGCAUGUUUGAUAUCACAAAUCGUCAUGUCGAUACCAGUGCUCAACUUGUUGGAUCUUGGAUUCCUCAUUCAGGACCAGUUUAUUCUCUAGCAUUUGAGUUUCCAUGGUUGGUUUCGGCUUCAAGUGAUGGGAAACUCUCACUGAUUGACGUACGAGCACUGCUUAGGACCAAGAAACGAACUCUGUGGAAGAGAGAUUCAGGGGGACAGCACGUCGCAAGUAUCAGUGUGGAGCCUCCCCAGAGAAUGUUGCAUGGAUUUGGGAGCAAUUUGUUUGGUGUGGACAUCGGUGCAGAUCGUAUUGUUUGUGGAGGAGAGGAAGGUGUUGUGAGGAUCUGGAACUUCACACAAGCUCUGGAAACUGAACGAAGGGCUCGUGCUCUGAGAGGAAUUAGGUUAGAGAAUAGAAUGAGACGGCGUAGGCUUCAAAUAGAAAUGAACACCAAAAGUAGUGGUGCAAGGAGUGAUCAGUGCUCAUUCGCAGCUAAAAAAACACCGAUGAACGGCGACCGUGUUAGUGUUUGGCACAACAAACGUGGGGUGAGUGGCAAGCUCAAAGCUUAGGUGAUGGAAUAGUCUGAUUAUCUGUUUCCUCGAUUUAAAUUUGCAGUGAUGAGUAAGUAAAGCUGGUAGCAGCGAAUUUUAGUUGUUAAUUCUGUUUCUCAAUUUCAAGUACCGGCUAAUGGCUAAUUGCCUGAUUCUGUUCCCUUCCCAUAAGCUUCCCGACUGGCCCAUGUUGCUUUAUUUGUAUGUGAUAGAACGUUAUAGAAAACCUCAAAAAAACGAAAGCUUAAAGAAUCUUCCUUCAAAUAUUCUGAUUUCAAGCGUGGACUAUGCUA